AAAAAACAAUAGGUUCGGAAGCUGGGCAGAUGUAACAGUGUUCGCUGUGAAACCUUUCAAACAUACAAAAAAUAACUCAUUAGUUGUGCGUCAUUUUAGAGACAUGUCUGAUAAUGAACGUGUGAUCUUGGCUUAUAGUGGAGGAUUGGAUACUUCCUGCAUUUUAGUGUGGCUAAUUGAGAAAGGCUAUGACGUUAUUUGCUAUCUGGCUAAUAUAGGACAAGAAGAAGAUUUCAGUACCGCUGAAACAAAAGCGACAUGUCUUGGAGCAAAAAAGAUUAUAAUUGAAGAUUUACGUGAUAGUUUCCUGAACGACUAUGUUUGGCCUUCAAUUAGAGGCGGAUUGAUUUACGAAGAUCGGUAUUUAUUGGGGACAAGUCUUGCCCGUCCUUGCAUCGCCUCUGGUUUAGUGCGUGCUGCGAUUCGUGAGAACGCCAAAUUUAUUUCGCACGGAGCAACUGGCAAAGGAAACGACCAAGUUCGUUUUGAACUAGCAUGUUACUCGCUCCACCCUACAGUCAAGAUUAUUGCUCCUUGGCGCCUGCCCGAAUUUUUCGAACGAUUUGUGGGUCGACAAGCACUUUUUGAAUAUGCCGCUGCUAAUGAUAUCCCAUUACCCGUCACGCCGAAAAACCCAUGGAGCUGUGACGCCAACCUUAUGCAUAUCAGCUAUGAAUCUGGGAUUCUAGAGAACCCCGACCAGGAAGCUCCAGAGUCGUUGUAUCAAAUGACUUCCUCAUUGGAGACAGCUCCCAAUGAUCCAACUAUUUUAGAAAUCACAUUUGACAAAGGCAACCCUGUGAGCUUAAUGAACAUUCAAACUAAGGCAGUGAUCACAGAACAAUUGGCACUUUUUGUCAGUUUAAAUGAGAUCGCCGGACGACACGGAAUCGGCCGGAUUGACAUAGUGGAAAACAGAUUUCUCGGCCUCAAGUCACGCGGGAUCUACGAGACUCCUGCUGGAACUGUUUUGUAUCACGCUCAUCUUGACCUUGAAGCGCUCACUAUGGAUCGGGAAGUCCGCAAAAUCAAACAGCAGCUCCAGCAAAAAAUGGCAGAUCUUGUUUACUGCGGAUUUUGGUUCAGUCCUGAAUUCGAUUUUAUUCGCCAGUGCGUAGACACGUCUCAGAAAUGCGUUAACGGGACAGUCCGUGUUUCACUUUUUAAAGGGCAAGUCAGAAUUCUGGGCCGCAAAAGUCAGAGUUCAUUGUACAACCAAGAACUGGUAUCAAUGGAUGCACAUGGGGGCUACGAUCCGGUGGAUGCUGGAGGUUUUAUACGGGCGCACGCAGUGCGGCUGAAGGAAUAUUAUCGAGUUCAGACGGAAGCCGAAUAAAAACCCCUGAAACAGACAGCCGGAUAAUCACGCAACUAAAGUCAACACAAGCAAACGAUCAAUAACAGAGUCAAUCCUACACUCGUGCAACUCGUAAGGCAAACUGGAAAAUAGCGCACAGUGAUGGAUAACGUACCCAGCAUCGGCAACGUAAAUAGAAACAAACAUGUAAUGCAAUUAGAAUCUGUAAACAGACCGUUUUACGAUUUAAAAAAAGACAAUAAAAUUUAAGUAGUAAGGCAACAA